AUGCCGACGCACGUCAUCGAGAUCGACGUGACACAGGUCUCGAAAUCGCUUGCCGUGCUCGGGGGCUUCAUUGUCUUCUAUGGUCUGCUGUCGUACGUCGUAAAAGAACGACUUUACCUUUCGGAACCACUGCUAGCUGUGAUAGCAGGUAUCAUAGUCGGGCCCUACGUACUCAACUGGGUUGAUCCUGCCAGCUGGGGCACGACCGAAGAGACCAACUAUGUCACUUACACUUUUACCCGCAUCGUCGUCGGUAUUCAGGUACUCUUCUGCGGUAUCUCUCUACCAAAGGCGUACCUUUGGCGGGAAAAGCUAUCGCUCACCAUCUUGCUGUUUGGCAUCAUGACUACGGCCUGGUUCACCACAGCGUUGCUCAUCUGGGGUCUCAUCCCCAAUUUGACAUUCCUUGAAAGCCUCUGCAUCGCAGCAGCCGUGACGCCUACUGAUCCUGUUCUCGCCAACUCGAUCACCACGGGGAGAUAUGCCGAGAAACAUGUUCCCGCCAAUGUGCGAAAUAUCAUCGUUGCCGAGUCCGGUGCCAACGACGGUCUUGGAUUCCCGUUUCUGUAUCUCGCCAUCUACUUGCUUGCUCGUAAUGGCGAGGACAAGGGUAGCAGUGUCAGUACUGUAAUUGGUCGUUGGGUGUACGCUGUCGUCGUUUACCAGAUUCUGCUCUCGAUCGCCUUCGGUUCGCUCGUCGGAUACUUGGCUAGGAAAUCGCUCAAAUGGGCCGAAUCGAGGUCCUACAUCGACAAAGCCAACUUCUUUGCCUAUGGUCUGGGUCUGGCGUUUUUCACUCUUGGAACCACGGGCCUGUUUGGAUCGGACGAUAUCCUUGCAUGCUUCAUUGCCGGCAACUCUUUCACCUGGGAUGACUGGUUCAGAAUCCGCACGGAAGAUAAUGAUUUCCAAGAAAUCAUUGAUACUGUGCUUAAUAUGGCCGUGUUCGUCUAUAUCGGUGCUAUCGUCCCUUGGGAGGACUACUCGAAUGCGGAUCUGCAACUUGGUGGAUGGAGAGUCGUUGCGCUCGGUAUCACGGUUCUUCUGCUCCGACGUCCGCCCUGGGUGAUUGCGGCGACCAAGCUGAUCCCUGCUUUGAGCGAUUUUAAAGAGUCGUCCUUCGCUGGCUGGUUCGGUCCCAUUGGGGUUGGCGCGGUGUUUUAUAUCCAGGUGGCGCUCAAGCAGCUACCGGCUGAUGGGACGCGUGAUCGUCUGCGCGUCGUCUACUCGCCACUGGUACUGUUUAUGGUCUUCUCUUCCGUUUUAAUGCACGGCAUUACGAUCCCGAUUUCCAAGCUUGGACCGAAUGUGAUGCGACGUACUGCUACGCUCACCAAAGCUCGUUCCAUCACCUUUUCACGACGUAUCAGCCGUACGAAUACGAUUCAGGCCAGUAACACGACCAGCCAACGCGACAGCUUGCGCGGAGCACGCCACAAUUCAUCUGACAAAGCCGAGCCAAGUGUCGCUGCUGCACUUUACGGAUCGCAUCGUGGUCAUGUCGCGUUUGAUGAGGUUGGCAAACCGCUCUGGAACCCGCUUGUUGCGAUGGCUGAAUGGGGUGUGCACGUGUGCGCGUUUUGGCGCAAAGACAGUUUCUGGCGCAAAGACGUACGGGUAAAUCACAUGGCAUUUUCGCACCACAGAGUGGACAAGAAUGACAUCUCGGCUGCUAGUGGUCUGGUCAAACAGCGGAGUGUGCACGACGAUACAGCGGCGCACGUUGAUCAUGGCGUUGGUGCAGAUGGCGAAAAGCUGAGGCCGCGGUUUCCACCACCUGUGUUAGAGUUACCGACGAGAUGCCAAGACCAGUCGUCAGUUCGGAUUGCACCAUUCCACCACGCACCGCAACCAGAGUGCUGA